AUGGCGGACAAGCAAGAAAUUUUAGUUUUUACUCAAGAAUUUUCAACUUUUUCUCUCGAAUUUCUAAAAAAUCAUCCACAAACUUCAUUACAAGAAUUAAUAAGUGAAUUUACAAAACAGAAGGAAAAUCAGAAUGUUGUUGAGAAAAAAUUAUAUGACGGAACCUUUAAAGAAGCGUUUCGUAGUGAAUAUCAAGAUCCGUUGGGUGUUAUAGCUUACUUGCACCAAAAGUUGUGUUUUUAUACUGAAGCUUGGAAUCCGGAUGAAUAUUAUUUUCCUGGUGUUGCUGGAGUUCAGACCUCUGGGUCUGGAAAGUCAAGGUCUUUCAUUACAUUAUCUCAAAAAGGUGUAUAUGUAGUUUAUUGUAGUUUUUUGAGUGAAAACUCAACUGGCUAUCCAAAGAGAUCAGCAAUCGCGAACUAUCUUUCUACGAAUCAAAUCUCGGCAGAGGAAAGCGAGCUACGAUUCAUCAGCUUCAUAUGUGCUUGCUUAUUAGCAGUUGGCAUUUGUGUUCGUGAAGGUAUUAGUCCUUCGCAUCUAAUAAAUAAUCAUCUACCAUCCGAUAAAAAUUCGGAUGAUAAGUUUUGGCUUUGGAUCUGA